ACUAGGGCCAGGAAGUUCUGUUUGGACCGGGUCAGAACCUGCAGGUUUUGAAGCUGAUUCCAACAGACUUUAAUCGAUCGCAGCUUGUUGCUCUGAUGCUGAUCUCUGUUUGCCUUUGCGUGACGAACGCAGCCGCCCCCCCAGCACCAGUAUACCCACCACUAUGCCCUCCCAGUAAAUGCUGCAGCCGGUCUGGUUCUGGUUACUGGUGGAGAGGAGUAGGAGGGGGCGUUCCCGCUCGGCCCCCGGCCUCGGCCAAUGGGAGCGCUGCGUCUGGAGGUUUUGCUGCUCAGCAUCUAUGAAAGCAGCUUUGAUCUGCUGGAUGAGAUCCUGAGCGGUUCUCCAGCAGCCAGACGUUAGUGGUUCUGGUUCUAGUGGUUCUGGUUCCAGUGGUCCUUUUGGAUAAAAUCCUGAGCGGUUCUCCAGCAGCCGGACGUUCAGCAGAUAUUGCAGCAGGAAGUUUUGAUGAGCUGCUGCUGGACUGGAUGCCAGUUACUCUAGAUGGACAACCAGGCCUACUUGAAGAGCAAGCCCCUGACCUUGAGCGGGAAGGUCGGCGGCCCGUUUCCGGCCAAGCCGCGCAGCCGCAGGCAGCGCUGGGAGGUGAAGCCGUCGGAAAUGUCCCGCAACACGUUGAACCCGAUCCGGGCCAUUGUGGACGGGAUGAAGCUGAUCCCCAACCCGGCCAAGCCCAUGAUCUCUCUGUCCAUCGGUGACCCCACUGUGUUUGGGAACCUGCCGACGGAUGCCGCCGUCCUCCAGGCCAUGAAGGACGCCAUCGACUCUCAGAGAUUCAACGGCUACGCUCCGUCUGUGGGCUACCUGAGGAGCCGGCAGGCCGUGGCAAACUUCUGCAGCCGACCUGAAGCUCCACUGGAGGCAGAGGACGUCAUCCUGACCAGCGGCUGCAGCCAGGCCAUUGAGCUGUCCAUCGGCGUCCUCUGUAACCCAGGAGACAACAUCUUGGUCCCUCGGCCCGGCUUCUCCUUGUAUAAGACGCUGGCCAUCUCCAUGGGCAUCGAGGUCAAACUCUACGACCUUUUGCCUGAGAAGUCGUGGGAGAUCGACCUGCAACACCUGGAGAGCCUGGUGGACGAGAGGACUUCCUGUCUGAUCGUCACCAACCCGUCCAACCCCUGCGGCUCCGUUUUCAGCCGGGAACACCUGCAGAACAUCCUGACAGUUGCCUCCAAGCUCUGUGUUCCCAUCCUGGCGGAUGAAAUCUACAGCGACAUGGUUUUCCCAGGAUGCAACAGUCCUUCCCUGGCGUCUCUCAGCAGCGAGGUUCCUGUUCUGGCCUGCGGCGGCUUGGCCAAGCGCUGGCUGGUUCCAGGCUGGAGGAUGGGCUGGAUCCUCAUCCACGACCGGAACCGGGUCUUCGGAUCGGAGAUCCGCCAGGGCCUGGUGAGGCUGAGCCAGCGCAUCCUGGGAGCCUGCACCGUCGUCCAGGGGGCGCUAGAGAGCAUCCUGAAUGACACACCGCCCGGCUUCUACAGCAGCACCAUCAGCUGCCUGCAGUCCAAUGCAGAGAUCUGCUUCAGCGAGCUGAGCGCCGUCCCGGGCCUCAACCCCGUCAUGCCGUCCGGAGCCAUGUACCUGAUGGUCGGGAUUGAAAUGGACCAUUUCCCAGAGUUUCAGAACGAUGUAGACUUCACGGAGCGCCUGGUGACGGAGCAGUCCGUCUUCUGCCUGCCCGCCUCGGCGUUCGAGUAUCCAGACUUCUUCCGUAUUGUUCUGACGGUUCCAGAGGAGCUGAUGCUGGAGGCCUGCGGCCGGAUCCGUGAGUUUUGCCGGGCCUGGUAUCGACCGCCCAGCUGUGACGGCAACGACCUGGACCAGUGACCCGGCUGGUUCUGACCCGGCUAGUCCUCGUCCACAUCGUGUCCUCUUUGAUGCUGGGAGGUUCAGGGACGUCGCCUAAUAUUUAUAUUUUAUACAGGCAGCAAAUAUUAAAAUAUUACCCUCCAUUGUUUUUGUAUAUUUAUAAACUGAGUCUGGAUGUGAUCUAUUAAGGAGUUAUUAGUGAUCUAUUAAUGCUAAAAUAGGUGCGGGCCGGCUGGUUCUGAUCCGAUUCUUCAGAUCUUCUGGUUCACCAUGCUAUGCUGAACUUGCUACCGUUUCCUGUUUAUCAUAAACUGAUUUUCUGUUGCUGUUUCUGGUUGUCUAAUAAAACUGUGUCAUAGCCGCUG